AGGAAGGUGGGUGGGAACUGGGAAGGAUAUAUCCUAUAGUAGAAAAUAUCAAACAUGUUGGGUAUCUUCAGCAACUCAAUUAUGACACCACCGGACGAGCUGGUGGCAGCCGGCUGCCGGACACCCUCGCCGAAGAUAACGUCGACGGCAUUACUGAACCGGUUUACUGAGAGUAACGCCUGUGCCGUAUCGGUACAGGUCGGAGACCAUGCCAAUUUGGCCUACACACACCACUGCGAGUCGGUUCUGCAACCCAGAUCGUUUGCGGUGAAGGAAGACAUUUUUUGUCUGUUCGAGGGAGCUCUGGACAAUCUGGGGAGCUUGAGGCAACAAUAUGGUCUGGCCAAAUCAGCCAACGAAGUGAUGUUGGUGAUCGAGGCUUACAAGGCUUUGCGCGAUCGGGCCCCUUACCCUCCCAACCAUGUCGUGGGUCACCUUGAGGGCAACUUCGCCUUCAUUCUCUUCGACAAUUCAACCUCCACCUUGUUCGUCGCUUCUGAUCAAUACGGGAAGGUUCCUCUGUAUUGGGGAAUCACCGCCGAUGGGUACGUUGCCUUUGCCGACGAUGCCAACUUGCUCAAAGGUGCUUGCGGCAAGUCUCUUGCAUCUUUCCCUCAGGGGUGUUUCUUCUCCACCGCAGCCGGUGGGCUGAGAAGCUACGAGCAUCCUAAGAACAAAAUCACUGCCGUUCCCGCCGCCGACGAGGAGAUAUGGGGAGCCAAAUACAUGGUGGAAGGCCCAACAGUUAUUGCAGCCAUGAAGUAGAGAGUCUUCUCUUCUCAAUUGCUCCUCACAACCUGCUUCUUUAUCCAUUGGAAAGUGACUUUCUCGCAAGGUUGUGAUUGCAAACUGCUGAGA